AACUUUUACUCUUCUAGUUGAUUCGUUUUUUUUCUUUUGAUUUUUAGUCCUAUUUUUUUAUCUAUUCGUGAAUUUUAUAAUCGAGAGAAUAUGAAUGAAAAAUUGCUUUUAGUAGAGCAUUUGAGCGAUAUUAAUAAUGUCAUUAAAAAUACUUUUCAACCUAUGCAAAGGAUAAAGCUGACUUGUUUCGAUUCAUCUCCACAUUUACUGGUAUUUGGUGCAACAAGUGGAGGCAUUUAUAUUUUUAAGAAAGACCCAUGUGUUUUCUUAAAAUUAAUUCCUAGCAAGGAAGGAUCUGCAAUGCUAGUUGCCAUAAGCGAGGGUGGGCAGUAUAUUGGUGUAGCAACUUCUAAAGGUCUAAUUUUUAUUCUUGACCAAUUUCUUGAAGAUUCCAGCAAUCAAUACCAAGUAUUUAGUGAACAUGAAGGGAAUAAUGUUACAUACAUUAAGUGGCGCAGGAAUGAACUUUAUGUAGGAGAUGAAGCAGGAAAAGUCUCUGUGGUCACAGCUACAUAUUCAUCUGGGUUUCAAACAAAGGCCAUGUUACAAAUACCAGCCGCAUCUCUAAUGACAUUAGACUCAGAAAUAAUUCAGAUUGACACUUUUGAAUCUUAUGUGCUCAUUUCAACUAAGACAAAAACAUUUUUGUGUGAUACAGAAAAGGAAACUUAUAUGCAAGUUGGGAAAAAGUUAAGAGAUGGUAGUUUUGGUGCCUGUUUUUGUCAUCAUAAUGGUGAUUCUUUGGAAGAAAGUAUUAUUAAAGAAACUUCUCACAAUCCGUGUCAAUCAGUAAUAGAAAAUGAAUCUUGUAAGAGCCUAAAUACAAAAAUAUACUGUGCCAGGCCAGGUGCUAGAAUUUGGGAAGCAGGUUAUGAUGCUAAAGUACUUGUAACUUACCAGUUUAAAAGUUCUUUAGAUGUAGCACCAACCAAUUAUCUCAUAAUAGACUCUAAGGAGGAAUCUACAAUGCAAAAAAAACAAUAUUCCAAAACUGAAAAGGUGCAUGACAAUUUUAAUUUUCAAAAAAUAUACCCGCUCUGUGAUAAGUUUAUUUUAACCUAUGAUUCUGAAAGAGUGUACAUUUUUGAUCCCAUAUCUAGCAAACUGAUAUUCUGGACAAAUUUUUUAAGUAGCAUUAGAAACGUUGCCGUCAUAAAUAACACCUUUUACGUUUGGAAGAACGAUUUGGAGAUCGGCGUAUUUUCAGUUAUGGACUUGGAAAAUUUGCUAUUAACUACCCUAUACAACAAGCAAUAUUUGCUUUGUGCUGACCUUUGUAUAGCAUUUACCAAAGAAUUAUUAUUGAUGUUGGAAGACUCAAAAAAGUUGUACCUUCUUUCCGUACUUAAGAAUAAAAUACUUAAUCAAGAGGUUGUGAAAAAAAUUCAACCUGUAUUGGAUAAAGUUAAUAGUAUGAAUGCAAUAGUGUUUACGAGGAAACAGAUCGUGACAGUAGACAAUUUAUAUACAAAUGGCUAUGAAGAAACACAUAGAAAAACUAAUAAAGAUACUAAUAAAUAUCUGAAACUCUUAAUGAAACAAUAUCAGCUAAAUAAAACUCACAGUCAAAUUGAUAUUCCAGAAGUUGCAGAUUUACUCAAAUCCGUUACUCCUAACGAAAUCUAUUUAAUUUUGAACGGAUUUCUUGAUUAUGUAACUACCGAAUUAAAAGAAGAUUCUAAAGAGUGGUGCCAAAAUCAGUUUUUAAAACAAAUAUUUGACAGGAAUAUUACGGUUAAAGAUUUAAAUUUGGAAAGUGUAAAUAUGUUAACUGAAGCUGUGAUAAAAAGUAAUGAAUCUCAGAAUAAUCUUUCUUGCCGGUGUGGCUAUCCUUUGCCGAAAUGUCACAAACAUUUACCAAAUUAUUAUAAUAUUAUUAUAGAUAUUUUCAAUAAUUAUUGUGGUCAUAAGGACAAGCUGCAGAAAUUUAUUCCUUAUUUAUGGAAACAUAAAAUCAAAACUGAACCUACUUUAAAUAUUCCAGGUUUAAUUCAAUUUAGUGAUUUGGAACUUUUAAAGGAACAUACUUUAGAGUUGUCCUAUGAUAGUUGGCAUGAUAUUAUAGGAUACUUCAUAAAGCUGAACGAGGGAUUAUGUUUAAACUGCGGCGAACGAAUAGACCUACAAGGGCUUAUUAAUUGGUCAGACCUGGCAAAAGUCAUUGUAUGGUCAUUGGGAGCGAAGAAUGCCAUAAGGAUUCUUCAAAAAUAUGACAGUGUUAUACCAAAGGGAGCCUUAAAUGUUGAUUUUUAUUAUAGUUGUAUAUUUGCUCAUAGUUUUAUGAACAGGCAGCAUGAGACCAAAGUCGAUGCUGAGGCAAUGUUUAAAUUUUUGAACAGUAAUAAUGAGACCGAGUCUGGAUGUAGGAAGCUAAAUGACCUCAUGAUCAAAUAUUUUAAAAGGAAACACUCGGAGAAUAGAAACUUCAGUUUUCAUUAUACCAUCGAGACCGAAGGAGUAUGUUCCGCCUGCAAUUUACCACUAAAAAAUGACUUUUUUUAUGAGUGCAAAAGUCUCAAAACAUGUUCGCAUAAGUUCCACAUGUUUUGUUUUGAAAGAAACAAUAGAGUGUGUAGCAUUUGCAAAUAAAUUGUCUUUUGUUUUAUUUUGAAAAGAAGAAAGAAAACACAUGUAUUUGCCAAAAAAAUUAUAAUAUUCAACAUAAUUUAAUUCAAUAAAGGAGGCAAAUAGGAGUGCGACUCGAUUAUAACCGUUCCACAGUAAUACCUUGACGUGUAAUGCCUCCUUGAAAUGACUACGUGGCAAAUAUAAUUAUGUACUACAUUAAUUCAGAUAAAAAAGAAAAAAUUGAAUUCAAAAGGAAAAUUAUUAAUAUUUGUCACACUCAAUUGUUUAUAAAAACCGAAACAAACUGUGAAGUGCUGCAAUAAAUAUGGAAUAAAGUUUC